AUGCUAGGGGGCGGGGCGAGAGCACUGCUCAAGUCGGGCAGGAGCAUGCGGGGGUGGGCGGGGACGGCGGAAGUAUGGGGAGGGGUGGGGUGGCCGCGAGAUCGGGGCGCGGAGGAGACAGGGAGAAGUAGCAGCCGGAGGCAGCGUAGGGAGACAGGCGGGUCACCAGGGAAGAAGGAGAGAGGGUGCGUAGUGACUAGGAGAGGGGAGAGCGAUGAGAGCGGGCUUGCAUUGGGGACACGACGGCGACAGAAGGCAGCGUCGGGGGUUGAGGAGAUCGGGCCAAGCUGCGAACAGUACGCAACUGACAGCCGUUAA